AACUUUUGGAGGAGUUGAGUGUGAGAGCUGGCUGAGUGACAAACCUGCUCUACUGCUGCUGCUGCGUUCACUGACCUGUUUCUGCUCCGUGUUUCACUCUCACAGUGAUGACUCACACAAUCACUCCUCUCUUUUAGGGAAAGACGAGCUGCGUGUGUUUGUCUCCACAGUUGUGUGGUGACUAAUUAGCUGAUUUGGAUCACCCGGCGCUCCCGGUUCAACCUGUAGGGAAACGUGGCCGUGCGUCGCCAGGUGGACGGCGACAGAAGGCUGCAGUGUGCUUCAGCUGUUCAACUCCUCUCUAACUCCCUCUCUACUCCACUACUUGUGUCCAAUAUGUACAGCAUGAUGGAACACGAGCUGAAGCCCAGCGGCCAGCCUCCCUCUCACCAGACCAACCAGGGGAUGUCGCCGGUCACCGGCAACAUGGGCAGCAAUGGCAACUCUCACCCGGGCUCCAAGACGGCGUGCGCCCCUGGAAGUGACCCCAUGGAUAAAGUCAAGCGGCCCAUGAACGCGUUCAUGGUGUGGUCCAGAGGACAGCGGCGCAAGAUGGCUCAAGAAAACCCCAAGAUGCACAACUCGGAGAUCAGUAAGCGUCUGGGAGCGGAGUGGAAGCUGCUGACCGACGCCGAGAAGCGGCCCUUCAUCGACGAGGCCAAGCGGCUGCGGGCGGUGCACAUGAAGGAGUAUCCCGACUACAAGUACAAGCCACGGCGCAAGACCAAGCCCCUGCUCAAGAAGGACACUCAGGUGGGCAAGUACCCGCUGUCAGCGGGGAACCUGCUGGCGGCAGCGGCGCAGGGUCAGGGGGCCAGUCCAAGGAUGGAGAGCUACGGCUGGGGCCCCACGGGCGGAUACGCCGGCAUGCAGGGCGAGGCUCUGGGCUACACACAGCAGCUGCACCGGUAUGACCUGUCCGCUCUGCAGUACCCGCCCUCAAUGACUGCUGCUCAGAGCUACAUGAACGGAGCCAACUCAUACAGCCCCAUGGCAUACAGCAGCAACCCUCAGCAGCCCAGUCCCGUCACCAUGUCCAUGGUGAAGGCGGAGCCAGUGUCCCACUCUCCUCCGACGGGGACGCCGAACCACCACCGUGGGCCUUUACAGGGCGACCUCAGGGACAUGAUCAGCAUGUACAUCCCUGGACCUGGAGGAGACGCCACCGACCCCACCACAGCACAGAGAGGUUACACCAGUGUCCAGCAGCACUACCUCACCGGAACUGUCCCACUCACACACAUCUAAGACUGGCGUGGGAAAGUUGUGGGGCGGGGGGGCGGCGUAAUGGGGCGGGUGAUGAAUGAUGCGGGAGAACUAGAAAUGCUCUUGACACACAGGCCUGGGAGUGUGGACACAUGGUUAACACUUCCAUAUGUGCCUGCAGUUACAGACAUAGACGUGAUGACUAAGUGAGAAGCUCUUCUUCUACCUCUUUGGUGCCACAUCGGUUCAAAUGAAACACACACACACACACGCCCAGCACUGAGCUGAGACUCCUCCACCCGCCAAGCAAAAAAUCUCUUCCUGCAGUGAAGAUGGGGCAGCACCUGUUUGUGUUUUUGUUGUACAUAUUAUGAACUGUUUGUCUUCUUUUAAUAUUUUUUUAGAACUUCUUCAUAAUGAGUCAAGAUUAGACUGGGUAACAGCUGGAUGCUGGUGGAAAUGGUGGGAAGGAAAUGAUGCACAACUUGAAUAACAGUGAUGUUUUUUUUUUUUAAUGAACUCUUUGUGCCUUGGCUUUGGUUUAGUGCUAUUGUAUUUUUUAUAUAUGAACUGAUUAAAUCCUAUUUGGACGACAUGGGAAUCACCUUCUGGACAAUCAGCACUGCAUCCAACACAAACACACGUUUAGUCUGCGCCGUUGUUUACAAAUGAAGCAGCAGAGUGCGAGAUGCUGCGUGACACUAAUGUUGCCGUCUUUCUGAGUGUUAUUUGUUUGACUUAGUUUUAUUUUAGAUUUGAUCUUUUAGUGUAAAUGUGUGGAUGCACUGCUCUGGUGUCGUCCUGUCACUUUGCUCUAGGCAGGAGUUGUAUUGUUUUUAGGCUUCUUGAAUUAAAUAUAUCAAAUGCUGCAUUUCAGUUGUUUUAUUUCAAAGGCAGAGUCAUAGUUGCAGGUUGUGACUUCGAUGUACACUGGUAUGACAAAAUACCUGCACAUUUUGUAUUUUUUUUCAAUACAAGUUUUAAACUCAAUCUCCAUCCUGUGUCUAAACAUUUUAAAGUGACUUCACAUGUGAGUCAUUUGUCCAUAAAGUAAUAAAGUUUUGAAUCCUGGUUGUUUGAAACUGACAGCACUCUGGUUUUCCUGUCCUGCCUUCUUCUUGUGCUGCUAUGAACCUAAAGGAUCGUUUUAUUUUCAACCAUGGAAAACUCUGUAUUGAAUGUGGUAGAUAAUUGAGACAGUAUUAAUGACUAAAACCUGCACUGGAGACAGAUGACAGGGUGAUUUUUAUUUUGCUUUUUAAAGGGAGAGCAGUUCUGUUAAAGUUAAUGCAUCAAUGUUUACAUUGGUACCCACGUAUGUUGAAAACUAAACUUUUAUAUACUGACUUUAGAAUGAAUUCUCUUAUGUAUGUAAAUGCUGCCAUGUACUAGAGUUACUGUAUGUAACCUUCAUGUAAAUAAUGUAUACAUUUUUAGGCUCUUAUACUAAGAGUCUCGAUUCCUUUUUGAUUAAAAAAGUUGUUAUGGCAUUCAUGACAAUAUUAAUAAAAAGUACAAAGCCUUUUUUCA